AUGGACGGUCAGACACAACGGCCAGCGAUCCGGCCUGGAACCGGCAGCCAGCCUCUGCGGCGCAAGGGAUUCUACGACGAUGCCCGGCUCGAGGAGGUGUAUCGGCGGCGAAUCGAGCGCUUGUCACACGGGCCGCCCUCGAAGCUGUCGCGGAGACUGCAGGUCAUCAACUACGCCGUGAUGUUCGGCGUCGGAUCAUACAUGGUGCUGUACCAGGACUUUGGCGACAAGCCGCACUGCUUCACGGGUCUGCGCAAGUGGUACUUUAACAAGAUCGACUCGUUCUGGUCGCUGUCCAAAGAGGAGGAGCGCGAGCUGCGUGAGCGUGGCCAGCUAAAGUAGACUGUUGUAUAGCUGGUGCUUUUGCACGUGCGUUUGUUGUGGUUAAAACUGAAUAUUUGCCUGCUGAG